AAGAAAAAAAACAUGGCGGAAGUACUGAGUGAAGAACAGAUCGUGGAGUUUAAGGAAGCAUUUUGUCUCUUCGACAAAGACGGCGAUGGUUGCAUUACGAUUGAGGAACUGGCGACGGUGAUCCGGUCGUUGGAUCAGAAUCCGACGGAGGAGGAGCUGCUGGAUAUGAUCAAGGAGGUGGACACCGAUUGUAAUGGAACUAUCGAAUUCUCUGAGUUUCUCAAUUUGAUGGCCAAGAAAAUCAAGGAAACUGAUGCAGAAGAAGAACUUAAAGAGGCUUUCAAAGUGUUCGAUAAAGAUCAAAAUGGUUUCAUCUCAGCUACUGAGCUGAGGCACGUGAUGAUCAAUCUCGGGGAGAAGCUAACAGAUGAAGAAGUGAAGCAGAUGAUCGAAGAAGCCGAUCUGGACGGUGAUGGUCAAGUCAAUUUCGAUGAAUUCGUCAAGAUGAUGAUGACCGUUGGAUGAUGAUUAAAACUAGCCUUUCAUCAACGGACCAAAAACCUUACUCCAAUUCAUUUAUUUUCAUACAAUUUAAUUUAUUUCCUGUUUUUUUCUUUUUAAAUAGUUAUUAAUUUAU